AUGUCGCAAAGCGAGGACGAAAAGCCCUCCUUGGAGGACUCGGGCCCGCUCACCUCUCCCCACUUUAACCUCGCCAGCUCGAUCAUCGCACACUGCCUUGCCAACAACCCUUUCGAAGCUGCUUUUAUAAAUCGCGGCCCUGGCAUCUUUGCUGCGGCAUUUGCCUCCUUUUCUCGCUUACCUGCUGCGUUCGUUGGGAACAAGGCCAAUCCAAAUGCCCCUUUCCGCACUAAUAUGGAAGCCGUUGUUGCGGCGAACGAUGAUGCGCAUUCGUGCUCGAGUUUCGCAUCCACCGCUAUGUCUUCGGAUGUUAUGUCCCCUUCCGGCAUGUCCACGCCAUCGACCAUGAUCGGCGACGCCUCCGUCGAUUCCUCGUUUUUCUCUAUCCCACCCCGGUGUUCAUCUCCUUACACACCCCCAUACGACCUUGGGUCGUCUUUUAGAGAUCCCGAGCAGGCUAUGAGCAACGUGGAUGAUUCUGACGAGGAUCAGUACUCCGAUGAGGAUUCUGAUUGCGAAUUUGCCGAUGUUGAAAGCGACCAUGGAUCUGAGGUCGGAUCCGCUGGAUAUGACGAAUAUAGUGUCGAUGAAAUGGCAUAUGAAGGCUCAGAGGAUGGUGAUUCGUGCAUUGGGGGUGACGAAAUGGAAAAUGACGAUGAUUCCAUCGAGGAGCAGCUGUCUUUUAUAUCGUUCGAGCGCUCAGUUCACUUCUCCUCCGCUGAUGAUGAAGUGAUCCCCGACGCUGGCUUUGAAGAGCCAGUCCCGGAUGCCGUUCCUGAGAUGACCUGUCAUGAAAGGAUGGCUUUAGCGGAGCAUCUGAAGACCCGACGAAUUGGAAACUGGGAGAAUGGAGGAGACUACGAUCCCGAGGAGCAUUCCCGCGAUUCUUUACAGCUGGACAAGGAGCUCCUUUCCGCUUAUAUUAACGGUUUACGCACCUUGAAUAGAAAUCGCUGUGAGACAGCUCUCCGAUCACGAACGCUGCAUGCGAGCCACGAGAGGCUAGGCCAAGUCGAUGUGCAGACAGAUAAAGAUAUGAAUGAAUAUUUUGAGCGUAUCAACGACCUCCUUCGUGGCAUUUUCCCCAACCUAUUCACCGAAGACGAGUACCUUCGGAUCCUUUCCGAAGCUGAAUCGGCCAUCUCCAUUGAUGAAUGCGGUCAGCUGACUUAUGAAUCCCAUUCAGUGGCUGUCCAGCACAUGAUACGGAGCCUGCUGGCUGAACGACUUGGUUAUGAUGAUAUGUUCCUCGAAGAUGAGAUACUGGAGUGGUUCGCCGGCAACCUGAUUGCACCGCUGGGUCAACAGGCUCUGGCCCGUCGGCAUCAAGAAAACUGAAUGGUUUAUCUGUCUUAUGGAUUUAUGACGAUCUAUUAUCUUUUCCCGUACGGGUUACCCUUGUGCUUAGCAUGUUCCUGCCUGACCUUUGGUUUAAUCCGUUUAGAGGGGCCGAUUACAUAAAAUCAAGGAACGAGGAGUUUCAUGGAGUUUUUCCUCGGUUUCCUAUUAUUCCCCCCCCAAUUUUUUUUUUUUUUUUUUAAAAAAAAAGAAAAAAGAAAGUAGUGCGAUUUACUGAUUUCGGGACUUUGCGGGAGCUUUUCUGUUUCUUGAAAAUUCUACUGCCCUUUUCUUUAAUAAUGCUAAUUAUUUAUUUUCUUUUCCCUUUUCAUAUGUGCUGUACGUUCCUUUUCAAGUGAAAGAUAGAGGAAGUUUCUCUCCAUCUUUGAACUGCUGGAACAAUGCUCCUAUGCGUUGCCAUCGAAAUACUCUGUGUUGUGGCAGAGUAUCUAUAUAUAUAUAUCUAUAUGUAGAGUACAAUUCGUCCAUCGCACGGAGCAA